AUGACUUUGCAAUCAGUUCAAGCGAUCACCGUGAACAGCUCCUUUCCAGCAUGUUUCAGACUUUCAGUUCCAUCUCUGGUGAACACCAUUGAAAACCCAAACAGAGUGAAGAAUUUUAGUAUACAGUCCGGCAAGCUUCCCUUUGUAUCAGUCCGUGUUCUAGAAAAUUCCUAUCUAACUUCCUCCAUUGGGCUCAUCCUCGAGGCUUUUGCAACCAUGUAUCCAAUCGCCGUUAAGGGCCUCCAGCUUCACUCUUCAGCAUUGGGUUUGCCUGAUGACAGCUUGAUUCGGGCCCCGGGCAGCUCGGAUCUUCUCUGGUCAAACCAAAUCUCCUCUGGCGAAUCCAGUGAAAGGUUCUUCUCUCUCAAUUCUUUUGCAACAUCCUUUGCUGCUCUAAAUCUUUUCAAGGAUAACGAACUUAGUUACAACGUUUACAGGGAUAGGUUCAAUUAUCUGAAGGACUUCGUUCUGAACGACAUCCCCUCUUGUUCGGAACUCCUCACAUCCGAGAAUUUAAGUGAUAUCUCUCUCCUGGGCACCACAAUGAGUCAGCUUCGGAUUCCAUCCUUCAGCAAGAGGAAAGAUCCUCCCAAGGUCAUCGCUGCUUCCCCGGCUUCUUCCUCCCCAGCUUCGGCAUCUUCAUCUGCCACCACCAGGGACUACGUUCUGAACGACAUCCCCUCCUGUUCGGAAUUCCUCACAUCCGAGAAUUUAAAUGAUAUCUCUUUCCUUGGCACCACAAUGAGUCAGCUUCGGAUUCCAUCCUUCAGCAAGAGGAAUGAUCCUCCCAGGGUCAUCGCUGCUUCCGCAGCUUCUUCCUCCCCAGCUUCGGCAUCUUCAUCUGCCAUCACUUCCAGCACUACCCCGAACGUGGUGACUGUUCGUCCAAUCGUCACCGCUCCACCUGUCAACCAGAACUCUGCCCCUGGAGUUCGGAGUACCACUACCCCUAGUGCAUCCGUUCAGGACAAAGAACGAGGAAAAAGGCCUCAGCCUGAAAGCGAAGACAACCUUGAUGAAAUUCUUCUAGCAAGGAGGAUUCAAACUUCCGGGCUAAGUUUGCUUAUCCCUCCUCAGGUCAAACCAACUGCUCCUUCCGAGUCCGCCCUGCCACCAGUUCUUCCUCUAGAGAGGCUCCGUGGACCCCCAGAUUCGUCCUAG